GAGGGCAGAGUCUUUCCACGGGCAUUUUUUAAGAGAGGCAAUUUAUCAAUUUUUACCUAUUAUUACGGAUAAUUGAAGGGAAACUCGCGACUAUAGCAAUUCAUUGAUAAUCUCCCGCUCAGACACAAGCUAUUUUGAAAGUGGUAUCAGUAGUUGCUCCGCCUGCAAACUUCCCCGCUCAGCGGCGAUGGUGGAGCUUGGGAAGGUGAUGGCCUCGGCUGCCCCGUCUUUCUGCCCAUAAAUCAGCGUCGUAAACCAUCUUGGAAGUGUUGUGAUGGCGCUGAAUGCAUAAAGAGUGUUCGCGAGCCGAACCUAUUGUCGUCAUUGCCGGUGGCAGAGGGGAGCGAUGAGUCGCUCACCCGUCGCGCGGCACGCGGCGUAAUAAAGCUUGGUUUGCACCGUGUGUGUCACAGAUUUCUCGGGGUUUCUCGAAGGUUUUUCCAAGUUCCGCCUUCUCCCCCUUUGCAGUCAUUCUGGCCCCAGCUGUGCAUCGGCCUUUGACUCCAUCUGUCCUUCCGCUGGGGACGAGUCUUUCUCGCCACAUGGAGAACACAAGUUUGGCUCUCCAGGGUAAUGAUAACCCCCCGCCCUCUCCGCUCGGCAGGAGCUCCCCAGCGUCAGGCCCGCGGCAGAGCCAGUCUCAGGGAUGGAGCUAGGAGGGCUGCCCCCUCGCCUUCCCCACCCCUAGCCACUCUCACGCCUAGCCCAGCCUGCGCGAUCCCCACCCGCCCCACGGCCCCCAUCUGAGGCUUUUCUCACGUUUGCUCUCCUCUCCUCCGCCCCCAGCCUGACCAGGAACGUGCCCCGCUGCAGCUGCGCCUCGCAGGUGGGAGUUCGCCGGGGUGUGCGGCCGCGUCACGGCGCGCAGAGAAUCGGGGGGAGGCGCGCGGUCCCGGGCGCUCCGAGACGCGGCGGGCGCGGCCGCCCCGGAGCCGCUGACUGCGCCGCAGUCGGAUCCGCCUCUCCCUUCCUCCCUCCCGCUCCGGCCCCGCGCCCUCGCAUCCUUACCUUCCCCUUUUCCCCGGCCCGACCCCCAGCUUCCCCGGUGCGCGCGCUUUAAAUAAUUUCAUCCUUUUUGGCAAAGGAAAUAAUGCACCUGACUUUACCAGGGGGAAACGACCAGCAGAGCCCAACAAGGAACAGAUGUAAAAGGAAUAAAAGGAGAGAGAAAAUGAGAUGAGACUCGUAUAAAGAAAUCCAGGGGCUCAAAAGGUGGCUGACAGUGGCGGAAGCAGCUUGAGCUCCCCCGGCCUGUCUGCGCGAGCUGCGGGCGGAGGACGUCUUCACCAGUUGCGGGUGUAACCGCGGGAACUCCUGCGUCUGUUGGUUUGUUUGCCAAACAAAGUCUUUUCUUCUUUGGCUCAGACACCGAAGAGGCUCCUGGAUUUUUCUGCCACUCCGCCACAAGCUAGCAGUUACCCGGGAGCCUUCCCAAGGAGCUGGCGGAGACAUGAGCCCUUCAGGGCGGAGGAUGGGUGAAGGUCGUCCAGCCUGGAAGCGCCUCCUGCUCCCUGGAAGCAGAGGGUCACCCCGCGGGAGGCAGGGCGGCGGCGCCGGGGCGCAGCGCUUCCUGCUCCGGCUCUACGUGCACGCGUGGCUGUGGGCGGCCUCGGGCUCGUCUGCUCAGGUGUUCAACCUCAGCCUUUCCGUGGACGAGGGCCUUCCUCCGGACACUCUGGUCGGCGACAUCCGCGCGGGGCUGCCGGCCACGCAGCAGCAGCAAGAGGGGGGCGGCUUCUUUCUUUCGGAGGAUUCCGAUGACUCUCCGCUGCUGGACGACUUCCAAGUGCACCCGGACACAGGCAUUAUCCGCACGGCGCGGCGCCUGGACCGCGAGCGAUGCGACCACUACAGCUUCGUGGCCGCCACGUUGCUGGGCGCGGUGGUGCAGGUGGAGAUCCGAGUCAACGACGUGAACGAUCACUCGCCCCGCUUUCCUCUGGACUCCCUGCAACUCAACGUCUCGGAGCUCAGCCCACCAGGUACCGCCUUCCGCCUGCCAGGCGCCCGAGACCCGGACGCUGGGCUUUUCAGCAUACAGGGCUACACCCUGGUGCAACCGUCCAACCUGCCUGAGGACCCCGCAGGACCUUUCUUCCAGUUGCGCUACGGGGCCCCGGGGUCGCCACCGUCGCCGCCGUCCUCGUCGUCCCUUGAGCCCCUGGACGUGGUGCUGCUUCGGCGCUUGGACCGAGAGGCGGUGGCGGCACACGAGCUGCAGAUCGAGGCUUGGGACGGCGGUCGUCCGCGGCGCACUGGCCGCCUGCGAGUGGAACUGCGCGUGCUGGAUGAGAACGACAAUCCUCCGGUCUUUGAGGAGAGCGAGUACCGCGCCGCGGUGCGCGAGGACGCUCGGCCGGGCACCGAGGUCUGUCGCGUGCGCGCCACCGACCGUGACCUGGGCCCCAACGGCCACGUGCGCUACAGCAUCCGCUCCCGGCAGGCGUCCGGGGCAGCGGGUGGCGGCGGGACGCUGGGCGACGCGGCCUACUUCGUGGUGGAGGAGCUGAGUGGCGUGGUGCGGGUGCAGAGGCCGCUGGACCGCGAGGCGCAGGCCUGGCACCAGCUGGUGGUGGAGGCCCGCGACGGAGGCGCGGAGCCCGAGGUCGCCACCGUGCGCGUGUCCAUCGCGGUGCUGGACGUGAAUGACAACCGGCCCGCCAUUCAUCUUCUUUUCCUCACCGAGGGAGGCGCUGCACGCGUCUUCGAGGGCGCUCGGGUCGGCGACUAUGUGGCUCGGGUCUCCGUGUCAGACGCGGAAGGUGACCCAGAGAAGGACGAGGAGGCCGCCGGGGAGCUCAGUGGAGGCCUCGGGGUCGGGAGCGUCUCGCUGACCUUGGAGGGCGGUGAGGGAGCCUUUGUGCUGCGGUCCGGAGGCUCCCCAGGGGUAUUUUUGCUUUGCGUCGAGGGGCCCCUAGAUAGGGAGAGCCGAGACCUGUAUGAUUUGCGACUGGUGGCCACGGAUGCGGGAUCCCCGCCGCUGAGCACCGAGGAGACGCUGCUGCUCCGGGUUGCUGACCUCAAUGAUCAGCCGCCUCUCUUCAGCCAGGAGCAUUACUGGGCCUCGGUGUCCGAGGCCGCGGCUCCCGGCACCGCGGUCUUGCGCGUCAGCGCCUCGGACGCAGAUGAGCCUGGCACCGACCAUGCCAGGCUGCGCUACGCGCUGCUCCCUCUCCCCGCUCUCUGCAACCCGGAGGCUCCGAGGCCCCCCGCUGAGUGCCGGCCGGCCUUCAGCAUUGAUCCUGAGAGUGGUGUGAUCAGCACCGCCCAAAGCCUGGACCGGGAGGCCCAGGAGGCCAUAGAGCUGAGAGUGGUGGCCCACGACCUCGGAGAGCCCCCGCUCUCGGCCACCUGCCUGGUGAGCAUCGCCGUGGACGACGUGAACGACAACGAGCCCGUUUUCCUGAAGCAGGUGUACAACGCCACGCUCCCGGAACACACCGCAGUUGGGCACUGCUUUCUGCAGGUAAAAGCCUCUGAUGCAGAUGCAGGACUCUAUGGCUUUGUUGAAUAUUCUCUUUAUGCUGGAUUCCAAAGCUACGACGCACCUCAAGCGUUCCAGAUAGACCCACAUGAUGGACACAUCUGUGUUUCUCAAGACACCGACAGGGAAAGAGAUCCAGCCACCUAUGAUCUCUUGGUGAAAGCUAAGGAUGGGGGUGGACUCAGUGCCCAAGCUUUUGUUCGUGUGGAACUGGAGGAUGUAAAUGAUAAUGAACCUGUGUUUCACCCAUUAACCUAUGUGACGAGCCUUAGUGGCCAGGCGCAGCUGGGCACCGAAGUCAUCAAUGUUCUUGCCACAGACAGGGAUUCUGGGAUGUAUGGAACAGUGGCCUAUGAGCUCGUCCCCGGAGACCUGUCAUCCUUUUUCACCAUCGACUCCACCUCAGGGAUUAUUUACUUAGCAUCAACUGUUAGUCAUUUGGAAUCCACCACACUUUUGCUGAUGGUCUGUGCUCGAGAUGGUGGUGGGCUCACAUCUGUCACUAAUGCUGAAGUCACCAUACACAUUCUCCAGACGACUCUGGCACCUGCUGAAUUUGAAAGGCCUAAGUACACUUUCUCUGUUUAUGAAGAUGUGCCUGAAGACAGUCCUGUGGGAACAGUGAAAGCUAAAGAGUCCUUGAAUUCCUCAGAGCCAGUUUUUUAUCGGAUCUCCUCUGGCAACCUGGACGGCACGUUCUCCAUUCACCCGUGGCUGGGCACCAUUCGAACGCAGAAGCCUCUGGAUCACGAGGCGCAGCCGGUGGCUGUGCUCACCGUCCAGGCACAGCUCGGCAGCUCCCCCGCCUGCGGCAGCACCGAGGUCAACAUCACCGUCGUCGACGUCAAUGACCACGCCCCGGUGUUUCCCAGAGCGUCUGAUGAAGUCACAGUGUCUCGGAGCACGCUGCCCGGCACCGCCUUGUACCGCGCGCGCGCGGAAGACAGAGACAGCGGGCAGAACGGGCGCGUGCGCUAUGCCAUCGCGCGCCAGAGCCCAAGCGUCUUCUCGGUGGACGCAGGUCUCGGCGUGGUGUACCUCAGCCGCAGCCUGCCCGGCGCUCAGCCCCGGGAGUGCACGCUGACCCUGCUGGCCCAGGACCUCGGCGCUCCUCCCCGGGCGUCCCUGAUGGCGCUGACAGUCAUUAUCGCGCCACAGGAGCGAAGCCCUUCUUUGGCGUUUGAGCAUUUGGUCUAUCAAGUGGAAGUGAGUGAGGCGCUCUCGCCAAUGACCGCAGUCCUGCGCAUCCGGGCCUGGCCACUGGGCCCGCAGGGGGCUCCCCCGCAGCUCGUGUACUGGUUGGAGCCCAGCACUGAUUCCGCUGCGUUUGGCGUCCAUCCUUUCACAGGUUGGAUUUAUUUGCGGCGACAGCUUGACUAUGAAUCCACACAAAUGUAUAAUUUUAGAGUGUUUGCCUGGAUCCCAGAGGACAAAUUGUCACAAAAUGUGAGCACUUCAGUAACUGUUCAUGUCCUGGAUGAGAAUGACAAUUCCCCUACCUUCUCGCAUGAUGUAUUGUUUUUGAAAGUCCAGGAGAGUCCUGUUCCCCAAGGGGUAAUAGGCAAAAUCACAGCAAUUGACAGAGACUCCGGAAAGAAUGGACAGCUGUCGUAUUUCCUUUUGUCCGAUGGAAAGUUCUUCAAGAUAAAUCCUAAUACAGGUGAACUUAUCAGCUGGGUGGCCCUGGAUCACGAGCAGCGGGCACACCAUCAGGUGACCGUCCUCGUGAGCGACCACGGUUCCCCUCCGCGCAAUGCCACCACACUGGUGCAUAUCUCAGUUACCGACAUCAAUGACAACAGGCCAUAUUUCCCACAGUGCCUGGAUGGGAAGGAAUUGUCCAUCAAGGUUCUGGAAGGUCAGCCAGUAAAUAUGUUGGUUACAACUGUAUUUGCAAAGGAUCUUGAUGAAGGAAACAAUGCAGAAGUUACAUAUUCAGUAUCUUCAGAAGACAGUUCUGAUCACUUCAAGAUUGAUGCCAACAGUGGUGAAAUAAGAACAACUAGAGUACUUUCACAUGAUUAUGGACCUUCUUACAGGAUGACUGUAAUUGCCAGUGACCAGGGAGUGCCUCCUCUUCAAGGACAGGCAGUUAUUAAUAUUCAGGUGAUACCACUAUCCAAAGGGAGAACUGUAAUUUCUCAGAAUAUUAGACAUUUAGUUAUACCAGAAAACUUGAAGCCUUCAAAAGUAAUGAGCUUGAUAAAGUCACCUGAUCACCUUCAACGACAGCAUGGUGGAAAGUUGCAUUUUAGUAUCGCUGCAGAUGACAAGGAUGGUCACUUUGAAGUGGACAGCUCAACAGGAGACUUGUUCCUCUUUAAGGAACUGGAUUAUGAAAUGAUGUCUCAUUAUCUUUUCAGGGUGGUAACUAAAGACCAUAGCAGAAGCCCUGCCGUGAAUAGCACGGUCUUCCUGAGUGUUGCUGUGGAAGAUCAGAAUGACCACUCCCCAUCUUUCCGGGAGGAGUUCAUUGUGAUAAGUGUAGCAGAGGACACCCCCGUUGGCACUCUGGUGCACAUCUUCAAUGCCAAAGAUGGUGACGGCAGUUUUUUGAACAGUAGAAUACAAUACUUCAUUGAAGCCAGCCACCCUGGAGUGAACCCCUUCCUCAUCCACCCUUCCUCUGGCACUUUGGUCACCACGUCUCCCCUUGACAGGGAGAGAGUUGCCACUGUUGUCCUGACAGUGACCGCAUCGGACCAGGCUGUGAAUGUGACAGACCGGCGACUGAGAUCACUGAUGGUGAAGGUAGAGAUUCUGGAUGUGAAUGACCACAGUCCCACUUUUACGUCUUUCCCCAUUGCCCGUGUCAGAGAGGAUGCUGUGGUGGGCUCCUUGGUGCAUCACAUAACUGCUCAAGAUCCAGAUGCAGGAAGGAAUGGAAGAGUAACAUUCAGCAUCCUCUCAGGAAAUGAAAACAUGGCCUUUAUGCUAGAUGAGUCAUCAGGUUUUCUAACUACCGCGUCUCCUUUGGAUUAUGAGAUAAAAAGUCAGCACGUUCUGACCCUUCUGGCAGUAGAUGAUGGCACACCAACACUUUCUUCAUCCCAGACUUUGACAAUUACUGUUCUUGAUGUGAAUGAUGAGGCCCCAGUAUUUAAGCAGCACCUGUAUGAAGCUUCAGUUAAAGAAAACCAAAAUCCAGGAGAGUUUGUCACAAGAGUUGAAGCUGUGGACAGAGAUUCAGGAAUUAAUUCCAAGCUUCAGUUUGAACUUAUGCCAGGUACUUCAUUCAGGUUGUUCCAGAUAAAUUCUGACACUGGGGAGGUAGUGACAGCCACCACACUUGACAGAGAAGUUCAGGAAGUCCUCACCCUUCGAGUGCUCGUGCGUGACGGGGGAGCCCCUGCUCUGUCCGGGACCACAGUGAUUCUCUGCACGGUGGUAGAUGAGAAUGACCACGCACCAGAGAUCAUUGUCCCCAGGGAUGACAUUGAGGUUCUGGAAAACCAAGAGCCAGGCCUUGUCUACACCAUUUUGGCUUCUGAUAUGGAUGCUGGCAGCAAUGGUGCUGUCACUUAUCAUAUAAUUGAUGGAAAUAUUGAUGAGUACUUUGCUAUUAAUGAAGUGUCCGGAGAACUCUCAACCGCUCGUACUUUGGACCGGGAGGAAGUCAGCAACUUCACCCUCGUCAUCCUGUGCACCGAUCUGGGGAGCCCGCCGCAAAGCUCCACGGCGCAGAUGCAGGUCAGAGUUCUGGACGACAAUGACCACAGCCCUUCCUUCCCCAGGCUCCGGUACCAGGCUUCUGUGAGAGAGGACGCUCAGGUGGGAACCACGGUUCUCGUGCUCUCCUCUGCAGACAAGGACGAGGGCCUGAACGGGCAAACCAAGUAUUCUCUGGUGCAUGAGGCUUCCGGGGCGUUCACCAUCGAUCCCGUGGCAGGCACGCUGAGAACCAGCCGCACCCUUGACCGGGAAGCCAGGUCUGAGCACGUGUUUAAGGCUGUGGCCAGAGACUGUGGUGUCCACGGCUCACGAAGCACCACGGUGCUUAUCAAAGUACAUGUCACUGAUGUCAAUGACAACGAUCCAGUUUGGGAACAGAACCCCCUUGAUAUUUUUCUUUCCUCUCAGUCACCUACAAACCAGACAGCUGCCAUCCUCACAGCCAGUGACCCAGACUCGGGGCCCAAUGGUACUGUCAUGUUCAGCUUUGCAGAGCCCCAGUCAAUGUUUUCUAUUAAUGAAUACACAGGAGCAAUUCAACUUCAGCAAAUUCCAUCUUCAGAAUAUUUUCCUAUCUGGCUGCAGUUAAAAGCUGUGGAUCAGGGGGUCCCAGCCAGGACAACCACUGGUCUCUUGGUCAUUCACAUGGAGGAAGAAGAUGUAAGGAUUUCCUUCAGCCACCAUCUGUAUAAAGGGAUCGUGCCUGAAAAUUGUGAGGCAGGUACUUCUGUUGUGACUAUAAAAGCUUUUGCUCCAGACUCAAUUCGGGACAGCAUUAACUACUCAGUUUUUAAUGGAAAUGAAGAUGGAGCUUUUUCCUUGAAUUCUAAAUCAGGAGAAGUCACUGUGAAAGAACCCAAGUUUCUUGAUUUUGAAGUCAGAAAAGAAGUUCAACUCAUCGUUUUAGCUGAAAGUAGGGGGCAUAGAGCCUACAGCAAAGUAGCAGUCUUUAUCCAAGAUCUGAACGAUCAUCCACCACACUUUGAGCAAACAGUUUACCAAGCAUCAGUGUCUGAGGGCCAGUUCUACAAUCAUCACAUUGUACAGGUUUUUGCAACAGACCUGGACAGUGGGUCGAAUGGCCUCGUGGAGUAUUCCAUUCUCUCUGGCAACGAAGGAAAAGUGUUCCAAAUGGAUCCGCUGAGUGGUGUGCUAACAGCAAAUGUGAUCCUGGAUUAUGAGUACAGUAGCGCCUACAGUUUGAUUGUACAAGCAACAGAUAAAGGCAUGCCCAGGCUUUCUGAUACAACUGUGAUCAAGAUACAGGUGACUGACAUAAAUGACAAUGCCCCAACUUUUCUCCCCUCUGAAGCAGUGGAAAUUGCAGAAAAUUCUUUGCCUGGCACGAUUGUGACUCGGAUAUCAGUUCAUGAUGUGGAUUUGAAUCCAGCUUUCACCUUCAGUUUUGUCAAAGAGAAUAAUUCUGGAACCAAAUUUGCUAUUGAUCGGAACACUGGGGUAGUGGUGCUGGUUGAAACACUGGAUUUUGAAGAAGCUACUAAAUAUGAGCUACAGAUCCAAAUUUCAGAUUUGUUGCACCAAACAGAGGGGACACUCAUUGUCCAUGUGCUGGACAUCAAUGAUAACCCACCAGUAUUCUCUCAAGAUUCUUAUCAGGUCACCAUUUCCGAACUGGUGCCUCUGGGGCACCCAGUGCUGACUGUUGUGGCCACAGAUGUGGAAAGCAGUGAGAACAUCACUUACAGGAUCCUUUCCUCUUCUAAGAUGUUUUCAGUUGAUCCUACCAAUGGCACAAUAUUUACUAUCAAUCCUGUCUUCCUUAUGGAGAGAAAAUCAACAAUUCGAUUUCUUGUUGAAGCCAGUGAUGGUGGAUUUCCUGACCUGAAGGCUGUUACCUUAGUGGAGACAGAAAUACAAGAUAUGAACAAUUAUGCCCCUGAGUUUGCAAUAGAAUAUUAUAAUCUUAGCUUAAGUGAAGACACUCCAGUUGGAAGCACACUUGUCACCUUCUCAACCAUUGACCAUGACUGGACCCGUGAAAACACGCAUGUUGAAUAUUCUAUCAUCAGUGGUAAUUCACAGAACAAUUUCCAUGUGGAAGCUAGUUUUAUUCAUUCAGAAUAUUCUUAUAAGCAAGUUGGUUAUCUAGUGUUGCUUCACCAUCUGGACAGAGAAGCAACUGCCAGUCAUGAGCUUGUCCUUCUGGCAUUUGACCAUGGUUGCCCUCCACUGAGUUCCUCAACCACUGUAUCAAUAGAAGUCCUUGAUGUGGAUGAUAACCCACCUGCAUUCAGCAGUCUGGAAUAUUAUGCCCACAUCAAGGAAAGUACCCCUCCAGGGAGUCCCAUCAUUGUGGUCUCAGCAAGUGACCGUGAUGUGGGCUCACAUGCAGAAGUCAGCUACUACUUAACUUCUGGAAAUGAGAAGGGGCAUUUUUGCUUAGCAGAAAAAACUGGAGUUCUUUCUUUGAUUAAACCACUAGAUUAUGAAGAAACGAUAAAAUUCACUUUAACUGUCCAAGCUUCAGAUGAGGAAAAGAAGCAUUUUUCUUUUGCAAUUGUGUUUGUCAAUGUCCUGGAUGAUAAUGACCAUGCACCUCAGUUUAUGUUCCCAAACUUAAAGUGUGCUGUUCCUGAAAAUCUACCUGUUUUCUCCACCAUAUGUUCUGUAAACGCUUUGGAUUUUGAUACAGGCCCUUAUGGAGACUUGACCUAUUCCAUUGUAUCACCCUGUCCUCUCCCUCAUGAAAUGCCACGUGAGCAUAACUUCUUCCUCAUUGACCCUUUAACAGGGGAUAUUAGUGCUCAGCAAGUCCUUGACUAUGAAACUGACAACAGAUACUGCCUCACAGUUCAGGCCAAAGACAAGGGUGACUCAACAGCCUCCUUAAUGGUUUGGGUGGAUGUUGAAGGGGUAGAUGAGUUUGAACCCAUUUUCACUCAGGAUCAAUAUUUUUUUAUCCUCCCAGAAAGGAGUCAUGUAAGACAUUUGAUUGGCAGAGUGGAAGCAUCAGAUGCAGAUGCUGGUGUUGAUGGAGUCAUCCUUUACUCCCUGGAAACUCCAUCUCCUUUCUUUUCAUUAAAUAAAACUAAUGGAGACAUUUAUUUGAGUAGAGCACUUCCCCUAAUAAUAAGUCAGGUCGGCAAAGAAGACACUAUCGAAAUGAAGAUAAUUGCUCAUAGCCCCAAACUGGACUCCAAGUUUACAUCUUGUACUGUUUUUGUGAAUGUGUCUUUUUCCUCAGAAGGGAAACAUUCCACAGGAUUAGCUAGCAGCUUUUCGAUCAGUCUCACCAUUUCCUUUCUAGUGUUUCUGUUGCUUGUCUUCAUUCUAAUUGUACUGAUUUUAAAACAUAAACAAAAAGAUGCAAUAAAUAAUUAUGAAGGAAAGAAAACAUCAUCAUCCUUAGAUAUCAAUUUGAGACUGACUAGGGAUGCCAGUUCACUGAAACCCUUCCAGAAAACUAAUGAGAGCGGUGAUAAGGCAGUGCCUGUGGACUCCACGCCUGAAUGGUUGAGUUUAAUAAGAGUCAUGGAGAAGGACGUUGCACAUCUGUACAGGCACUCAAACUCCAGUGAUCACUGUUCUGUGGAAGGAGAAACUGCAGAAGAUGAGGAAAUCCAGAGGAUAAAUGAACACCCUUACAGAAAGGAUGCUGACUCAACUUUGAGUGAUCAGGAGUCCAGGGUGCCAGACUCUGGCAUCCCAAGGGACUCAGACCAGCUCUCCUGUUUGUCUGGGGGAACUGAUGUGAUGGUCACUGCUGAAACAGAAGAAACCAGCCAUAAGUUUGAGGGAGGAGCUCAAGGAGAGGGCUGUGGCAUGACCUAUGUCCAAAAUAAUGUCUUAUUCCAGACACUGAAGAAGAGAGAGGUCAAAGUGGGCAUCCAGGCUGAUGUCAGAAAAGAGACUAUCUUUAUUUCAAGUGAUCGGGAAGCAGGAUGUGCAGCUCUCUCAACCAAGAAAGACUCUGAUCAUGAUGUCAUGAUGAGAUAUCCCUGGGAUUAUCUCCUCAGUUGGGAACCCAAGUUCCAACCUCUUGCCUCAGUAUUUAAUGAUAUUGCAAAACUAAAGGAUGAGCAUUUACAUAUGCCUGGCAUUCCAAAAGAGAAGAAAUCUUUUGUUUUUCCACCCCCUUUGAUAACAGCAGUAGCCCAACCUGGGAUUAAAGCAGUUCCACCAAGAAUGCCAGCCAUAACCUCAAGGCAGGUACUUUGGAAAUACCCACACUCCCCCAUUCACUAUCAUCACAGUUCUCUGCCAGAAGACAUGACUCCCGGUUUUUCCCCAUCCCUUUCCCUACUGACCACACAGACCCCUGCCGUGACUCCACUGCUGUCAGAUGGAGAAUUAUUUGGGACACAUUUGAGUGGUUCUUGCCUUGAACCUAAAGCAGCAGAUGGAGUUCAAAUAUAAAACAAUGGUGAUAUCGAGCACCUGCUCCCCAUUGGUCAUGAAUGACUGGACAAAACAUUCCAAAGCAAGCUCCCUGAGACUGGGUUCAUUCAUCUACAAGUGAGGGGUAUAAUUUAGUCUGGGUUUUUAGAACCCUCUCAUUUAAGUUUAUCAAAUUUAUUUCAGUCCUAAUGAUAAGUUACUCUGUCUUUUAACCUCUACUUUUUGCUGUCAGGAUUCAGGUUUGUAUAUAUUAAGUAGUGUACAUUCUACCGUACCUGGUCUUCUAUAUGGCUAGAUUUCCAAAGGUCACAGUGAACUUGACUGACUGCCAAAAUGUUUAUAUGAAAAAGAAUGGAAAUAUAAUAUACUGCAUUCUGGUCACAUUACUGCUGAUUAUACUGCUGUUUAUAAAACAAAAUAGUAAAGACUGAAUAAAGAAUGAGUGUAGGACAGAAAGUAAUAGAGAGGGGAAGUUUGGAAGGAUAAACAAGUUAUAAUGUGAAGCAAUUGGCUGCAGAUCUGAUAUAGUUGAAAAUGCGUUUCUCCACUUCCUCCAUAAAGCACACUUGUGGAGUUUAGCCAUAAUUUGAAUUUAGUAGGGUGUCUUUUGGAAAUCUAAUAAGAACUUAAGAGUGAAAUUUGUCAUAACUCUGUGUCAAAUAAAACAAAUUUAUUCUU